CCAGAGGAGCUGCCAAUCACUGAAGGACACUCUUGCGAAUCUUUCUUUUGCUAGACCUGUCAAAGCACGGUUGGCAUCCACGAAUGUAUGCCACAGUAUGCACUGUGCGCAAGUUAGCAGGAGGUUCUUAGGUUGGAGCUUGUAAGGGUUUCUUGAGUCAUGGACGUGAAGACCAUGGCUCAAGCUGCAGGGAAAUUGGUUUCUCCUGCAGCUGAUAGCGUGAACAGCAAUAGGUUUCCGAAGGUUGAGAGUAAGGCAGUUGGAAACGUGUUAUCUAGUUCGUUUCGUGGUCGUAGGUUGGUGACUAGUAUUCCCGUGAAAUUUGUGGAGACGCCCCAGCAUUUGCAGAGCAGACGAGGUGUGAUCGCUUACUCUGCUCCUGCCACGGCCAAGAAACCUGUGAAUGAGCCCGCGAAGACUGCGAAUAGCGUUGCAGAGAGUCAGAAGGACGGGCAAUGCUUCGGCGUGUUCUGCGUAACCUAUGAUUUGAAUGAGAGCGAGAGACCCAAGACAUGGAAGAAGAUGGUGCGCGUCGCCGUAUCGGGAGCCGCCGGCAUGAUUUCCAACCACUUGCUGUUCAAGCUUGCCUCUGGGGAAGUAUUCGGCCAAGACCAGCCCAUUGCGCUGAACCUCCUGGGGUCGGAGAGGUCUAGGGGAGCUCUGGAGGGAGUGGCUAUGGAGUUGGAGGAUUCUCUGUUUCCUUUGUUGAGGGAAGUGAACAUUGGAAUUGAAGCCGAGGAAGUCUUCGUCGACGCAGAUUGGGCGCUACUCAUUGGCGCCAAACCUCGGGGCCCAGGCAUGGAGCGAGCAGAUUUGCUCGACAUCAAUGGGCAAAUCUUCGCGGAGCAAGGGAAGGCUUUGAACAAAGUGGCGAGUCCAGACGUGAAGGUUCUGGUGGUGGGUAACCCGUGCAACACGAAUGCGCUCAUUGCGCUGAAGAACGCGCCCCGUCUCAACCCUCGGAAUUUCCACGCCCUCACCAGGUUGGACGAGAACCGAGCCAAGUGCCAGUUAGCUCUCAAGGCUGGUGUUUUCUACGACCACGUUUCCAACGUGACCAUCUGGGGCAAUCACUCUACCACCCAAGUCCCCGACUUCCUGAACGCUAGAAUACUGGGAGCGAGCGCGGUGGACGUGAUCCAGGACGAGAAUUGGCUCAAAGAAGAGUUCACUCCGCGAGUGCAGACGCGAGGUGGGGCGCUUAUCCAGAAAUGGGGCCGAUCCUCCGCCGCCUCCACGGCCGUGUCGAUAGCAGACGCCAUCAAGUCGCUCGUCACCCCGACUCCAGAGGGGGACUGGUUCUCAUCCGGCGUGUACACGAACGGCAACCCUUACGGCAUCGCUGAGGAUCUUAUCUUCAGCAUGCCGUGCCGCUCCACUGGGGACGGAAACUGGGAACUGGUCACCGACUGCUAUGUGGACGACUACUUACGCGACCGCAUCAGGAAGAGCGAGGAUGAGCUGAUUGCGGAGAAGAAGUGUGUUUCGCAUCUCAUCGGCGCCCCGAAUGGUGUCUGUGAGCUUCCCGACGGUGACACUAUGUUGCCCGGUGAGCAGUAACGGUCCCUCCAUCUGAAGCUUUCGGGGCUCAAAUCUAGAUAUGGAAUUCAGGUGAGAUUUCGUCGGCUGACUGCAGGAAUGGCAACUUGGGUCCUCCAGCAACGAAAAUCACCGCAAUUGUAGAGUCCUCCCCCCUCGCUUUUUUUCUUCUUCUUUUGGCUUGAAGUCCUUCUGUCCAGGUGCUUCCAAUUUGACGCAGCGAUUUUGUCAAAGAACAGUGCUGUGACUGCUCUGGAUCCUUCCUCGCUCAUCACCUGAUUCCAACAUCGCUUCACAUUACCGAUUUGAGGGCAGCAGCACAGGAUCGAUGAGGAACGUUGCGAUUGUUGACAUACACUGAUAGACGGAACCUGAGAGGAAAGAAAAGAACUCAGUGAAUGGAGGAAAAAAAGAAAAAAAGAAAAACCUUCAAAAAAGAGAAGCAGAUUGAUGUGAGGAAAACUUCAAAAUCGAAGUUGGUCGAAGUGGCAACUUCCCUACUUGUUGUGUCACACCGACAGCACCUUUUUGAAUCUACACACACUUUGCAUGAAGCUCGGCUGUAGUAGUAAUUGCCUGAUGGUUUCUCAGUGUGAAAUGAGAAAUUGAGAUAUACUCAAAAAUUAAUAUAUUUUAAUCAAUGAUCCCCAAUGCAAUGUGUUUUUUUUCCUAAAAUAUAAUCAGAUAUGGUUGGGCCCAACCAUCACCUGCA